AUGGCUGGCGGAGGCGGGAAUAGUGGCGGAAGCGGCAGUGCUGGUAGUGGCAGCGGUGUCGUUGGAGGUCCCCACCACCCACGCCGGAUAAGUCUGAACCCGAAAGUGCAUGAACACAUUCCACUGGAGUACUUGCCAAAUUUGAAAAAGUACAAAUACUGUGGUUCAGACUCCAGCAUUAUUGGGCGUUACAUUAUGCAGCCGUACUGGAACUUUAUUGUGAACCUUGUACCAAUGACCGUGGCCCCCAAUGCAAUCACCCUUACGGGGUUUCUUAUUGGUAUAUCUUCUUCUAUUUUGGUUAUGUUUUAUUACUUCUUUUAUGAUGCGGUGUAUCCAGCAUGGGUGUGGUACUAUGCUGCAGCUGCCUUGUUUAUAUACCAAACCUUUGACGCUAUCGAUGGGAAACAGGCACGGCGAACUAAAACAGGUGGUCCACUUGGAGAGUUGUUUGAUCACGGUUGUGAUGCCUUCCUGACGCCAUUGGUUCAGGUGAAUCUAUGUUGUGCUUUGAACCUCCCAUCAUGGAUGACGUUUGUGUAUUGCACAAUGUCAUCCAUGAUUCUCUUUGGAGCGAUUUGGGAGCAAUUUAGCACGGGCACGUUAGAUCUUGGCUAUAUCAACGGUCCCACAGAGGGUAUAUGCGCGGCAUGCGUCAUGUUUAUCAUUACCGGUCUUUAUUCAAACUCUAUCUGGGAUACCACUGUUUUGGCCCCGUAUGAAGUAACGCUGUCUCUUUUUUUUAGGGAGGUAACCUUUGUUAUAUCCAGUGUUCGUAGUCUUAUCUUCCUCUAUAUCAUGGCUGCGGGUUGUGCGACUGUGGCGGCGAAUGUUGUGCACGUGAUUUGUAGACCCAGCGUUCACGUUGAGGGGACACCAUUUUUAGUACUACUUCCUGUGCUAUUUUUACUGUUCUUUCACGUGUGUCUCUUUUUGACGUAUACUUCGAUCCAUGACAGGUAUCCAUUCGCGUUUGAGUUGAGCUUUGGCUUUUUGACGUCCUACACUGUUACUCGAAUGACAGUGGCGCGGCUGUGUGCGAUGCCGUAUAGUCUCUUCAACGCCUUUUACCUGACCACGUUCUGCGUCACAUUUGGUGCACUUGUUGUUCACGCAAACUUUCGCGAGUUAGAGGUCAAAUAUUUGGAACCGUCACUCGGUUCCGCCAUGGUGGCGCUCGCCGCACUGGGGGUUUGGCAGUACUUGCACAUGAUUCUGUCGGUCUUCACACAAAUCUCGUAUUACCUGGGCAUACCACUGCUUUCUAUUACCCCUCGUGCGGAGUUGGAUGCAUUAUAG